UAUUUCAAUUCGUGGUUUCGUUUACGGGUGGUUGUCAAUCGUGAACUAUCAAUCAGGAGGUGCUCUUGACAGUUCUGUAUCUUCCAGAUUUCUUCCUAUCCCUGUCGACCCUGCGAGCACUGAAAUCUUAUGAGCCUCUUGGAACACUACUUGUCUUAGAGGUUCUUUGAAGGCGAGAGGAUUUUGCGUUAGGAACGACUCUCAAGGCCAACUCAUAUUUUAUUUUUACUGAAUUGAAGCAAAUUCCCACGUUGAAGAGAAGCCGACCAGACCAAGAUGGCGGCGUUUGUGGCGAAGCAGAUGGUGGGGAACAAGCUGAACGCUGUUAAAGCAGGGGCAGUUGGUGGAGAUGGAGAUAACGAAGAUGAUAAGGAGAAGGAGGAGGAGGCAGAGAGAGAGCGGCAGGAGGCCAUCCGGGAGGCGGAAGAGCGGAGGAAGGAGAAACACAGGAAAAUGGAGGAGGAGCGAGAAAAGAUGAGACAGGAGAUCAGAGAUAAGUAUAACAUUAAGAAGAAAGAAGAAAUCCAAGAAAUGCCACCAGAGGAGCCUGAAAACCCUCUGAUGCGAAAGAAGAAGACUCCAGAAGAGUUAGCACGGGAGGCGGAAGAGGCUGACCAAGACGAGUUUACUAAACUGAAAAACACAAUAGAAACGCAAGUGAAUGAGUUGAAAACACAAAUAGAAAGCAAGUGCAGCCUCCAGUGAGUGGACCAAAGUGAGCCUGAGCCCUACGCCCCACAUAUCUCGUAGAUGGACUAUUGUGCAGAUACAACACCCCGAUAGCGAAACAUUGAGCUGACAAGAGACAAACCUAUAAGUUGACAUUUGCAGUUAGUUGCUUCGCUAUGCGUUAGCUAUCUAGAUCGUGCGAUUUAGGAAAAGCUUUUGCAUUCUCUCAUCGGAUUUCCAAUAACCAGAUUUUUACGACAUACAAAAUCAUGUUACUUACUAGUUUAUUGUGUGCCGUAAGUUAUUUUGGGAUUACAACUGAAUUUCCUAAGGCCCACAAUGUAGAACGACUGAGGGUUAUAAUACGUUAUAUGUAAAGAGAUCUUAAGCUAUAAGUUCCGUCAAUAUUUUGCAAAGGGGUUUAUGUUAAAAUGUAAUAAUAAUAUUAGUUUGUAUAAAAUACAGGUUAACAUAUUUUAAUCCAAAUGAAUACGUUUAACUGCAUCAUUGACCAUUAUCAUCAUUGCAGAGAACAGUGGAUAUAGUUUGACGAUAGAAGUUUGCUAAUAAUAAUUUUAAUACCAAUCCACUGCUAAAAGAGAUGUGAGAUUUAAUAUGACACUAUGAGGCCUUUUAAACUAAACUAGUAAGUAUCCAUGACUUUAACAACUGUCUAUAUGACCGUAAAAUUCAAAUGAGAAUAAUUAUUUCACCUCUUGCAAAUGAAAGCCUUAAUUUUUUACGACUCUAGUAAAACUAAGUACUUGUAUAAUUGUUAUACUUAACAUAGUUACGGUUAAAUAGUGAUAGUGAAUUCACACAACGAUCAAAUUUAAAUAAUCCUACCUUACUUUCUGAGAGGAUUCGAGUUAAAAGCGUUUGGCUUUAAUUUAAAUUCUAAUAACAUGGCAUUUAGCUCAAGUUUGAAAAUUUCAGUGGUUGUUACGCCGAAAUUUGUACAAAAAUGUAAGAAAACAAAGAGUUAUUGUGAUAACUGUUUGUAAUUAUAAAAAUUAUAAAAAAAACAUUUUGAAUGUAUGUUAAAGAUUAUGUGUGUUUAUAUACAUGGUUAGGGAGACAAUACCAAUCCUUGUUAUAUCCUUUUGUUUUGAUGUUUCAAUUUGAAUUUUUGACGUUGUACAAAAACUACAUAUUAGAAUAUUGAUUUUUAUAGUAAAUGGAGUGACUCGUUAUUCAAUGUAAAAAACUGUUAGACACUCGAUUGUUUGUUAUACAUGGUCCCUGUAAAUAUACCAUAUUGCUUACUUUCGAUUUAACGCAAUACUACAAGAGCAAACUUAACCAACUCAGCUGUUAUUUGAGACUUAAAGUAUUCGGCUACUAUUAUGAAGUAAAAAGUCUGUCCAGCAAAAUUCAAAUGAAAAAUUUAUUAUUUUAUAUACUGUAUUUUGUGGUUAAAAACAAAAUAAAGUAAAACUUUGACUCUGAUUCCAUUUGCGAGGUCACAACACUUAUUCUCAGUGGUGUUGCGUUAAAUCACUUAUAACACUGGAUUUUUUAUAAUUAUGUUUCCACAAUGUAGAAACGGACUUUUGUAAAAUAGUCUAUGUCCGCUUCGAUUACUGUUACUUUUAUUGUCUCUCUUUUCUAUGUUUAAAGUUGUUACUACCCGACCUCAGGAUGUGUUAUUUCAUUUAAGAAAUAAUAAAUGAGGUUAAAUGUCAAAAAGAUUGUGAUACCGAUUUUUAAUUGAUAAAAGAAAUAUAAUUCAUUGUUAAGAUGUUUAAUGUGUCAGUGUCGCUUGCCCGCUGCUUCGCUUGCUGUUCUCUGUUCUUCGUCACUAAGGGUGUACAGUACAGUGUUGUACACUACAGACCCCAACUACUGUAUCUAUUCCCUCGCAUAUCGGAGUGUCCCUCUCUGCAUCUGCAUGGUCUCUUGAUUAUCCUCAAUGUCGUCUAUCAGCUGAUGAUCCUUCUUGUGUUUUGUACUUAAGAGUAGAAGUGGAUAAUGAUAAAUAAAUAACCAAAUGAAUAUGCCUACAUAGCAUAUUUUAUUUUAAAUAAUAAGUACUCAUUAUCAAUAUUUAUACUUAACAGAAAUAAAGAGUAUAAUAAUAUAGAAAAAACUAUUUAAAGAUAAUUGUUCGUGUUUUAUGAGUUGUAACAAAAUGCAAGAAGGGGUCGUACCAAGGCUAAACACCAACAACCUACUGCAGUGGGUAGCUUGCAUGUUGGUGUACUCUGUUCUUGCUCUUGAUAUCCUUUGUUUAUCAUCAACCCAUACACAGGAAAACAUUAUGCUAUGAUGAUUUAUUUCUUUAUACAUGGUGAAGAGUAGUACGCGCCCUCCUAAACAAGGUGCUUAAUUGGAACAAAACUAGCUGAAGAGACGAGUAAUAUAGCUAAUAUACUAAUGGUGUUUCUUAUUUUACAAAACUUAUGUAGUUUUGAGAAUUGCAUUUAAACAAUUAGAUCCUAAACCAAACCACUACAACAAUUUGCUUUGAAGAAACUCUAAUAGAAAUAUUUUGAACAAGAAAGUAAAUUUCAUAUAGCUAGGUUCAAUCGUAAACCAUUCAAAGCAUAUUCACAGUAUGAAGAGCAUCUGUCCUUAGAUAUGUGACAUUCAGUCAAUUACUUAUACAGUAUCGUUAGAUAAAUACUGAUUAUAAUUUGAUAUUGUAAUAUAAAUAUAUAUUCUAUUAUUAAGAGUUACAUUUGUGUGCUGUAGUUACAUUAUGUUAGAGGCUCCAUAGAUUAGGUUUAAAAUGUGUUGUUAUACAAUGUCAUGGUGACAUAAAAUUGAAUAAUCUAUUUCAGAGUGAUGGGAUGGUUCGGUAAUAGUUGUUUUUUUAGAGCGGCAAUUAACCUUUUUUAUGGUACAGAACACUUAACUGAAUAAAACUUGAAACUACUUUAAUACCUCUAAUAAUACUUGUAUAAGGACACAGUAAAAAAAAACUUGACUGCUUGCAGGGUAGAAGUGAUGAAGUUUUGUUUAGCACUACUUGUUCUAUGGUUGUUUGGAAGGUAGAAGUGAUGGUGUUUUCUUCAUGCUACCUAUUCUUCCGUAUGUUUCGAGACGAGGAAGUGGUAUUUUCUUUGCACUGAAUAUUCUAAGGUUUGUUUGGAGGGUAGAAGUGAUCGUGUUGUCCUUAUAGUUUGGAGAGUAGAAGUGAUGGUUUUUUCUUUGCGCUACCUAUUUCUCGCUCCCAACUGGAUGUUGUAUCGAUGUCGUGCACCUAUCGUGUGCUCUUGUAGUCUCUCAUAGACGCUUUGUCCUCACGAUAUCUAUCUCAUCUUAUCUUAUAUUCUAUACUGCAAACUGUUGUACAUUUAGAUUAUCACAUAGUCAUUAGGCGUUUUUGAGGAAACCGAAAAUAUGUUUUCAUUCCACCAGACCAAAGAACAUGAAUUUAAAAUAGCAUUUCUUACAAUUUUGUAACGUGUUUUGGUCUUAGAUCUGUAUUGCCGUUGGUUAGGUUUUGGCUUGUUGUUGAUUCUGCUCCUUAGUGGUGUUAGAAUAAACCUGACGAUGGUUGGAGGAGAUUGUAUUUUAACACCCUCUUUACAAGCCAUUGGCCAAACAACAUGAUAAAUCAUGAGUAUAGUUUUUGCAAUCUUGGAAUAAUCCAUAACAAUUUUUGUGUGAAAUUUUAUUUCAACGUCUUGCGUUCCCAAUUGGAUAAUUAACUUAUACACAAGUUGAUAAAAUGUUUGCGUCCACUAACGAUGAUCUUUUUAUACAUUCUUUUAGUAUAACAGUUUUCAAAAGAUGAACUCUCCAGCCAUUAUCAUGGUCAGUAAACACUCCCAUGUAUAGUGUAUAUAGAGUUAAAAUUCGAAAUGAAUAGAAAAUAUUUCCAAAGUAGAAUAGUUAGAUAUACAUUUAUUGAAUUUCUUGAAGUGAAGGUAGGAGCACAUACUAUGUAUAGCAACUGUUAUUCUAGAAGAUAUAUUCGUCAAUUGUUACUUUAGAAUAAUCGAAUUGUUGAGUUUUGAAGAAAAGAAUAGUCCUGUAAAGAUUGUUAAACUAUAAAAUAAUUCUGUGUUUCGUCACCUAUUAAAAACUUUAUAAGAUUUUUUUGUAAGAUAAAUACUGCCAGAUUAUUCUAGAGUUUUAUAGUAAAUUAACAACUUUCCUUAUUUGUGUUCAAUAUCUAAGUGGUAAGCUAUUUCAAAGCUUUACAUUUAAAAUAAAUUUAAUUAUUUGAAGAGUGUAAGCACACCUAAAUACGUAUCUGUGUAAUCUAUUAUUAUUGUUCUUAUAAAGAAAUCUAAUUACGAAAAAUCUUUUUAUAUAAUAUGUUUGUCUUAAUUCUUUAUCCUCAUUCAAGAUUUUUAGGAGAUUUUAUAACCUUUAAAAUAAAUAGCAAUAACAUUCAGGACGUCAGUGUAAUCAGUCGUUGGCACGACACGCGGUUUAUACGAUGUUUUGGUAUAAUUCAAUCAGCAGUACAUGUAAUCGUUGGUACAAACAACUCAAUAAUGGCGUUGAUUAUUUUUUUGUAAUAUUUGAUACGAAAGAUAGAUCGGGAAAGAGCCAGAAUUCUAAACGCAUUGUCAUCAUUUUGUUGUGUUAGAAGUAUUAGUACUUGGAGUUGUACAUUUAUUUAUAGGAGCCUGUUGGUAAAUACAAAAGUUGUUGUUAACGUA